AUGACCUCACUACGCGCUGCAGAUUUAAUUUCUAGUAUAUCUUUUGAUACUGAAUUAUAUCAAACACGAAUUCUUCCCGUAAUUAAUGCAAGCAUAAUGGCGGUUUCGAAACCAAGGUUCUUUACCACAACUAAGAAAGGUGAAAAUUAUGAACUCCGCGCGGAUCUUAACAGUGAAUAUCGUGACCGACGGAAAGAUGCCAUCAAAAAAGUUAUCGCAAAUAUGACAGUAGGAAAAGAUGUUUCGGGUUUAUUCCCAGAUGUUCUGAAAAAUAUGCAAACCGAUGAUUUGGAACAAAAAAAAUUGGUAUAUUUGUAUUUGAUGAAUUAUGCCAAGACACAACCUGAAUUAGUUAUUUUGGCCGUAAAUACUUUUGUUAAGGAUACAGAUGAUACGAAUCCACUUAUUCGAGCACUUGCAAUUCGAACUAUGGGAUGUAUUCGUGUCGAGAAAAUUAUAGAUUAUUUAUGUGAACCAUUAAGAAAAUGUCUAAAAGAUAUGGUAUCGGAUUCAAAUCCAAUGGUAGUAGCCAAUGCAGUUACAGCACUGGCAGAAAUACAUGAAGCUUCAUCUACCAAAGAUAUAUUUGUAAUCAAUACACCUACCCUUACGAAACUUUUGGUAGCACUUAAUGAAUGCACUGAGAUAUCUAUUCUUACAGCUUUAGCAGAAUAUAAACCCGUUGAUUACAAAGAAGCUGAACAUGCAAUUGAACGUGUUAUUCCACAAUUUCAACAUGCAAAUGGAAGCGUGGUUUUAUCUGCAAUCAAGGUGGUAAUGAUAUAUAUGAGAGUUAUUAGAAAUGAGGAAUUAACAAAACAAUUAGUUAGAAAAUUGGCACCUCCACUUGUUACUUUAUUGUCUUCUGCACCCGAAGUUCAAUAUGUCGCAUUGAGAAAUAUUAAUAUUAUAUUACAAAAAAGAUCUGAUAUUUUACAAAAUGAAAUGAGAGUUUUCUUUUGUAAAUAUAAUGAUCCUCCUUACGUAAAAAUGGAAAAAUUAGAAAUUAUGAUUAAAUUAGCUAACGAAAAGAACGUGGAUCAAUUAUUAUCUGAAUUAAAAGAAUAUGCUUCAGAAGUUGAUGUUGACUUUGUUAGAAAAUCUGUUCGCGCUAUUGGACAAUGUGCUAUCAAAAUUGACGAAGCUUCUGAAAGAUGUAUUAAUGUUCUAUUGGAUUUAAUUGAUACAAAAGACAUAUUUCGAAAAUAUCCACAUAAAUAUGAAGGAAUAAUUCCAGUUUUAUGUCAGAAUUUGGAUGCCUUAGAUGAACCUGAAGCUAAGGCAUCACUUAUUUGGAUUAUUGGAGAAUAUGCUGAAAGAAUAGAGAAUGCAGAUGAAUUAAUCGUUAGUUUUUUGGAUACAUUUAGGGACGAAAAUUCUCAGGUUGAAUUACAAUUAGUCACCGCUACAGUUAAAUUAUUUCUCAAAAAGCCUCAAUCCACAAAAAAUAUUGUUCAACGUGUACUUCAGUAUGCAACGACUGAAUGUGAUAAUCCUGACAUUCGUGAUCGAGCAUACAUUUAUUGGAGAUUAUUAUCCACUGAUCCGCAGGCUGCCAAGGCUGUCGUAUUAUCCGAAAAACCUCCAAUAUCCGUACAAAGUAAUAACAUUUCAGGUUCUUUACUUGAAGAUUUGAUUAGCAACAUUUCAACUCUGGCAAGUGUUUAUCAUAAACCUCCAGAAACUUUCCUAGGGAAAGGUCGUUUUGGUGCUGAUGCCGUUCAACGAAGAGCUAUCGAAGAACAAGAAGAGGCAUCGCGAGAAUCUCCAAUUCAAGCCCAAACAAAAUCCAAUAUUGAAAACUUGUUGGAUCUUGAUUUUAGUGAUCCUUCAGCUCCCACAACAUCAUUUACUUCCCCUAUUACUACAACUUCCAGUUCUUUUGCUCCCACUGCUAAUGUGGAUGAUUUAUUGGAUUUAUUUAGUGGAAGCAGCAUAACAACCUCUCCAGGUCAAAGUUCUUCCACUCAUCAAAAUAAUAGUUUAUCAAAUGAUUUAGUAAGCCUAUUUUAA